CCGCCUCUCCUCUCCGCCAUUUCCUUUCCACUCACCAUCGCUCCUCUCUCCCUUCUAGUUUUCAAAAUAGGAGUGACGGUUUGUGUCACGGGGCCACGCCAGCCCUUAAAUCUCUAUGUGAUUUGUCCACGUCGGCCCUAAAAUGUUUAUAUGGUAUCCACAUCAGCCCUAAGUCUUUAUGAAUUGUCCACAUCAGCAAGGAGGAACCCUAGACCCGGAAGCUAUGGCAGUAUUGCUCCUCGUGACUGCAACGCAAGAGAGUGACACUCUGCUCUUCACUCUGGCAUCCAGCGAUUUCAAGAUCGUGAUCGCGGGUGGCCGACCGGCUCCAAUUGCCCCAGCGUCUUGCAGAUUCGUGGAGCUCGAUCUCCGUGGCGAUGAAGCGAGCGUGGAGCAAUCGAUCGCCAGCGCGUGGGCGGCUUUUGGGCGGAUCGAUGCGCUCGUCUUCUUGUGUGAUCACGAUCAAGGGAGCUUUCAGCCGGUGCUGGAAGCGAGCGAGGAAGAUUGGGAUGGAGCGGUGGAAAAGAACCUCAAGGCGGCUUGGCUGGUGAGUAGAUCCGUGGCGAGACGCAUGAAACUCUCCGGAGCAGGUGGAUCGAUCGUGUUUGUGACGUCCAUCGCUGGGAGCGAGCGAGGAUUGUUUCCAGGAGCGGGGAUCUACGGCACCUGCAUUGCGGGAGUCCAUCAGUUGAGCAAGGCGCUGGCGAUGGAGCUCGGCAAAUUCAACAUCCGCGUCAACUGCGUUGUUCGUGGCUGGAGUGAGUCGGACGCAGCGGCCAUGAUCUCGGCAAACUCGAGUGGCAAGAACACGGCCUUGACGACGAGCAGCGUGAGCAAGCUUCUUCCGCUGGAGCGCUGGGCCGAUGGUUCCCGCGACUUGGCCUCGAGCCUGCUCUACUUCGUGAGCAAGGAUUCGUCUUUCAUCACUGGAACCACCGUUGCGGUGGAUGGCGGUCAGUCGUUGGUGAGGCCUCGGCUAAAGUCGCGUUUUUGAUAACCUUCUUCAACCAGACAUCUCUGAAAAAACGCUAUGAGAAAAUCCACAUCGAUAGUAAUGUACACACGCUCGUAUAAAUCACAGAAAAUCUUACAGAUCGAUC